AUGGGACUGGAUUGGUCUCCGCCGGGGACUGUUGAUAUAUUACAUAACGUCCAUGUGAGUAGGAAAACACACAUUAAAAAACCGUUUCAUCAUCAGCAGUUUCCCUACCAAUACAAAACCGAAUCUUACUUUCUAUACAAUAGUCCGACUCCCACAAAAAAGAAUGAGAAGUUGGAUCAAGUGCAAGAGGUUGAUGUGGAAUUGGAUUCCAUAACACCAAAACCAACCACCCAAAACACCAAAUCCUCCUCAAUCAAACAAAGAAUUUAUAACCAUCAAUUAUAUUUGUUUGAGGACUUUGUGGAAUAUCGUGUCGCUCGUGACUACUGUAAGCUAUUCAACAGACCCUUCAACAUCCCGAGACAAGACUGGGCCUCUCCUUACCACUUUUUCCAACAUCUCAUUCCCGCAACCCAGAACACUCACCCCAGUAGUGACAAUACCAACCCAAUCACCCGUGAUGACACUGGAGUAUACGAUGACGAGGUGACAAAGGCUAUAAACGAUUUAAACUACGUGGACAGUGUGAAGAGAACUGAGUUACUUAGAGGAGAAAUCCCGCAGAUGUUUGACAGGAGUGGACUGAUAAAGUUGAGGCAGAAGAGAGACUGUUGGAUUUCCUACCACAACUUGAGGAACUACGCACUCAUGAUCGACUCCGUCACAAAGUGCCCACUACUGCAGGUACAGUCACAAACAUCACUACUGCGCGGCUGGAACACCACCGAACCCCCCAAACACGUUGAUACACAGUGUGUCACAGAGGAAAGAGAUCCCUACGGUGUGACCCCCGAGUUGAUGGCGAGGAUAGGUGAAAUCUUGAAGGAGCGGGAGGAGUUACCAGACGUCACUACAUUCAAGUACAAAAGCUACGGAAUUAACGAAAACUGCUCCACCAUCGGUGGUAGAUAUCAUACAUAA